GGCGGGCGGGCGGCCAUGGUGUGAGACGGGUGGAGAGCGGCCGGCCCGGCUCGGCUCGGCUCGGCUCGCAGCAUGUCGGGCCCGAGCGCCGUGUCGGACCCUCAGCACCCGGCGCGGCUGCUGCGCGCCCUCAGCUCCUUCCGCGAGGAGAGCCGCUUUUGCGACGCGCACCUCGUGCUGGAGGGCGAGGAGAUCCCCGUGCAGAAGAAUAUCCUGGCGGCCGCCAGCCCCUACAUCAGAACAAAACUGAAUUAUAAUCCUCCAAAGGAUGAUGGCUCAACAUACAAGAUUGAACUUGAAGGGAUAUCUGUUGAUAUCAUGAAAGAGAUACUAGAUUACAUCUUCAGUGGGCAGAUCAGGCUAAAUGAAGAAACUAUCCAAGAUGUGGUACAGGCUGCUGAUCUCCUGUUGCUUACAGACUUAAAAACUCUCUGCUGUGAGUUUUUAGAAGGUUGCAUAGCUGCUGAGAACUGUAUCGGUAUCCGGGACUUUGCACUGCACUAUUGUUUGCAUCAUGUUCACUACCUUGCCUCGGAGUAUCUGGAAACUCACUUUCGAGAUGUCAGCAGCACAGAGGAAUUCUUGGAACUGACACCUCAAAAACUGAAAGAAGUGCUGUCGAUGGAGAAGCUCAAUGUUGGAAAUGAAAGAUAUGUCUUUGAAGCGGUCAUUAGGUGGAUUUCUCACGAUUCAGAAUCGAGAAAGGUUCACAUGAAGGAUGUCAUGUCAGCAGUGUGGGUUUCGGGCUUAGAUGCAGCCUAUUUACGUGAGCAGAUGAUGAGCGACCCACUGGUACGGGAAAUUGUCAAAGAGUGCAACAAUAUUCCCCUCACACCGCCCCAGCAGGGAGAGGCAAUGCUGGCCUCCUUCAAGCCCCGGGGUUACUCAGAGUGUAUAGUGACUGUUGGUGGAGAAGAACGAGUAUCACGGAAACCAACCUCAGUGAUGCGGUGUAUGUGUCCUCUUUAUGAUCCCAAUAGACAGCUCUGGAUUGAACUUGCUCCUAUGAGUAUUCCAAGGAUCAAUCAUGGAGUACUGUCAGCAGAAGGAUUUUUAUUUGUGCUUGGUGGUCAGGAUGAAAACAAGGGAACACUAAGCUCUGGAGAGAAAUAUGAUCCAGAUACCAAUUCAUGGAGUUCCUUACCACCAAUGAAUGAGGCACGACAUAAUUUUGGUGUGGUAGAGAUUGAUGGAAUACUGUAUAUUCUGGGAGGUGAGGACGGUGAAAGGGAGCUCAUCUCUAUGGAGAGCUAUGAUAUUUAUAGCCGGACCUGGACCAAGCAGCCAGACUUGACUAUGGUUAGAAAGAUUGGCUGCUAUGCAGCUAUGAAGAAGAAAAUCUAUGCAAUGGGUGGAGGCUCCUAUGGAAAACUCUUUGAAUCUGUUGAGUGUUAUGACCCUAGAACUCAGCAGUGGACAGCAAUCUGUCCUCUGAAAGAGAGAAGAUUUGGGGCAGUGGCCUGUGGAGUUGCCUCUGAGCUUUAUGUAUUUGGCGGGGUCAGGAGUCGUGAUGACAGUCAAGCCAGUGAGAUGGUGACGUGCAAGUCUGAAUUUUAUCACGAUGAGUUUAAAAGGUGGAUUUAUCUAAAUGACCAGAACCUAUGUAUCCCAACUAGUUCUUCUUUUGUGUAUGGAGCCGUGCCCAUUGGAGCCAGCAUAUAUGUGAUUGGAGAUCUUGAUACAGGUACAAAUUAUGACUAUGUUAGAGAAUUUAAAAGGAGCACGGGAACCUGGCAGCGCACUAAACCACUGUUUCCAUCGGACCUUCGCCGUACUGGCUGUGCAGCUUUGCGGAUUGCAAACUGUAAGCUCUUUCGACUGCAGCUUCAACAGGGAUUAUUCCGCAUUCGCGUACCUUCUCCGUGAUCUGUAUGCUGAUAGUGGAGGAGACUGGAAGAAUUCUGCGCAGUCCACCAUAAUAUAGCUCUAUAUAAAGGAAAAGCUGAGAAAUUACAACUGAAACUUACACUGUAUGCUGUGCUUUGGUAUGGUAACUGUUUUUGUUUUAAAUGCUUAAAAAGCUUGAGUCUCAGUUCUUGUUUCGGGAACAAAUAACUUAAGUAUACAUUAAAAAGAAGAGAGAGGGGAAAAUAAAAUGAGGAAUCAAGGAAACGCCUUCAGUCGUAACCAUCUGGGGUUUAAACCAUGUUAUUGAAGGACGAUUUUUGCAUCUGAAACUGGUGGGAACUGGUAUUCCUUUGGUGAAGUUUAUUGAAAAGCAAAAAAGAUUUAAGAUGUGUUUCCCCUGAGGGGAACUGAUAAGAAUAAAUGUGCUAUCUUGGACUGGAUAGCUAUAAUACACAGAAGCUAUACGAUAACCAACGUCCCUGCUAUACUGCAAAGACUGCUGUUUGGCUGUAAUGCCGUAAGAGAUGUUGGUUGUGGCACCUUUUAUUCCUAGUCCUUCCUCAAAAGUUAAGGUCUGUGCCUAAAAAUGGUGGAGAUGUGUACAUACGGUUUUUCAUUCAUUUGCAAUGUUUUCAUUCCUACAAAUAUUUUUAAUAUAUUUAAAAUGGACUAAUCUGAAAUGGAUACAGUAUACUACCGAGAAGUAAACUGUUUUUUCUAUGCUGUCAUUUGAAUAGCCUGAUGAACUGGUGUACAGGUGGGUGGCAUGUGUUUCUCUGUGGGAUUUGGUGGCCGUUUCCUUAAAGUAAAAAGGGAAACGCUGUUUGGAACGGUUAAUGAUGAUUGCUGCUUUUGGUAAAAGACAACAAAACUUGACAAAUUAAAGGAAAUAGCUUGCGUUCCUUUUUACUUCAGAUCACUAGCAAAUUAAGAAUGGGUUUUAAGACCGAGGAUUAUAAUGAAAGGUGCAUUUUGUCUCUUAUUAGAAUAAAGGUGAAAUAUGACAAGGUUAUUUGUUUUGCAGAAAAUGUUAUUUUUUGGGCUAGAAGUUAAGGAAAAUUUGUACAGUGACUUUAAAUUGGGAUCAAAAGUCAGUUUACUAAUGAAUUCCAUGCUGAGGUACAGAGUCUUGUUUACUGCUGUCUGACUUUGCAAGCUGGGUUUUAUGGUGCGGUUAUAGUGAAGAAUUUAGUAUCUUGCAUUUUAUUUCUUACUAAGUCUUGUUCACAUCGGUAGCGAUAUUUAGUUGACUUUUGUUCACAGUCAAGAUCAGCUGGUAGAACACUUUUACCUCAAUUUUUUUUUUAUUUCAUUGUUGUUGUGAUGGGUGGGACAUAACCUGUAUUUCUUUAGAAGGAAUAAGAUGAGAGAGAUGGAAAUAAAAAUAAGACCUCCUGCCCAUCAGAAAAAGAGACUUUGUAUAACCAGUAUUAUAACUACAUAUGAUACUUUCCACUCUGCAACUCUGUGGACCUCAGACAAGCCAAUCUCUGCCCUUGGUUGUGUUAGUGUAAACCUUCAUCUUUAUUGAAUCAUGUUGGAUCUGCUGAAAUACAAUCCCAAACUACUACAAAAUAAUUAUAUUUCACUAAAUAUUCCUUGAAGAGACAUUCUGAAAGUUACUUCUGCUCAAUCCUUUCCUAGCACUGAUGUGUUUGGAAUUAUUCUAAUUCUAAGCAAAGGGUUGAGGGGGAAAAGAAGAGGGCAGCAGCCUAUCCAUUGACUAUUAUUUAUUUAUUUUUAUUUUUCACAGUACUGAAGUGCUGCAAAACUUGAACUAUACACAUCAAUUCUCUUACUUAUUUUAUUUGGCAUAUUGAAAAGUUUAUAUAUUUAUGCAUUGCAGUAAACUUGAUGUGUGUGUGUAUAUAUAUAUGUCUUCAGAUUUAAAAUUUAUAUAUAAUGCUUUACUACAGAAAUGUGAACCACUAUUUCCAUCCUUGGCUGUCUUGUGAAAUAAAUCAAGUGCUGUUAGUUUAUCUGUAAAAUUUCCCUUUUUGAAAUCUUAUAUCGUUCAAUUUUUUUCUUAGACAAAGUGCCAAGAUCCCAGAUUCAAAAGUGAUGAAUGUUCCUCGUUGUCCGUUUCACUUUUGAGUGCAGUUUUCUAAAUGGCUUAGAAAACUUCUGAAAAUGUUAUUCAGAAUAUUGCAGGCUGCUACCUCUUGAGUCCCUGUAGCUUCCCAGCACACGUGAGGGCAUUCAGCAUCCAGAAAACCUAAGUAAUAAAUGCACAUGAUAAAUCUGAACUGUUUACUCUAGCAGUGUUUUGCAGUUAAAGUUAUUGAACCAAAUGUUUACACUUAAAGUAGGAUUAACAGUAGGCAUUCUUACUUUUUUUUAAAAAAACAUAAAUAAAACAAAUCUGCUGGUAAUUGGAGCGUGUUGCGAAUGCACUUAGUGAGAUUUGACCAAGAAGUUUAAGCAACUUGAAACCUGAAACAGCAACAAACUUCAUUUCUUAGCAGGCAUGUACUCUUGUUGCUUUCUUGCAUGGUUGGCAGCCAGGGACCAAGUCUCUAGGGAUGUUGUCUCCCUGAGCUGCGAGUGCAUCCUGAGGUCUCAAAAUUGGCUUCCUUGGCCUUGCUUCAGUGUGAUGGGCAUCAUUCCCCACCUGCAUUGUCUGUGGGGCUUAUCCAGGAGGUGUUCUAGCCUGUGUGUGUGUAGGUGGGAAGGGGCCUUAUCUUUUGGCAUGUGACUUGUAUCUGUCUGCCCGGUUCUGAUCCUCAAGCCCAGUGAUGAGUGCAUCUCUUGGGAUGUGCAAUAACCAGUUGCCUCCCAGUAUGGAGCAAGGCUGUGAAGCCAAGACCCUCCUUUCUCCAGGAAGAGCCUGAUUGUAUAGGUGAUGAUUGUAAGAGAGGGAUGUUGACCUCUGACUUUUCUUGGGAAAGAAAUGGUCCGCUUCAGUAGAGGAGGGAGCCUUUGAUACUUGAGGUGCUGAGUGGAGGGAGGUCACCAGUUUCCUGAGUGUGUUGAACAUACCAACAGCUACAGAUUUAACUGGGGUCACUGGUACCUGCCACCACCCCAGCUGUCCCUGCGUUCUUGGCAGCUGUGUACCCCUGCAUAUGAUGGCUGAACCACAUGGGAAGUAACUCAUGAGUUUUUUCAGUUUGCAGUCCAGGGGGUUUAGGUGUUUUGGCAGUUUAGAAACUCGUUUAAGUUGUCCUUGCUUGUCACAGUAGCCUUGACAACCAUCCCACCUUAAUUCCUUCCAGCUUGUGAAUUGUCACUCUUUAAAUCCAGCCAGUUCCCCCACAGGUGACUUUUUAAGUGAUUUUCUUAGCUGGCUGUCUGUGCAGUCUGUUGGCUUCCAGACACUGGGAUUUUAGGCACCUUCCUUGAUUUACUGAACUGGGUGCCUUGUCAGGGCUGUGAGUUUGUCACAACAUUGGCAUGCUGAUUUCAAGACCAUCAUCUGUGCUCACCACACAUUGGGUCAGGGCUGCAUCCUUGGGUGCAGGUCGUGGGAGCUGCAUCUUGAGUCAAUCUCAGCACGAUCCCAAAUGAGAACGAGGACUGGCUGGUCUCGUUGCAGGCUGAGUGAAUUGGGUUGGGCCUCGCUGUCUUCUCCUCCUUCCUGCUGUAGAAUUGGACCAACCCCAGCCAUUGUAGUCAGAAAAUCACCAAAUAUGGGGUAGGAGUUGUGGAAGAUGGGAGUAGCGGAGGCUUUUUUUUCUCCCCUCACUCCACCUCUUGCCACAAUCCUUCCCCCAAAAAAGUUUUCCCUUCUUUUUUCCGUGUGCCAUGGGUUAUUUUUGGAAAAACUUUGGAAUUCCUAAUUUAAAGGGAACAUCAAUGCUUCAGUGUACAAUUGGGGGAAAAAGGAGAUAAUACCAUAAGCACACAACAGUGUCAUUUGUGCGUGUUUUACACGUGUAGUUUUGUGGCUGCUCUGCACAGCAGAGAGUUGCAGAAGCAGAGGUGUGAAGUACUGUUUCUCUGGUAAAAUACAUCUCUUGGGGAGGCACACACCCGGCCUGGUCUCUGUUUCUUACCUGGCCUUGUGAGAUGCUUGUGUUCUUAAAGAGUCAGUGCUAGAUUUCAAAUUCUCAUCCUUUCUCUUUUUAUAACCUGAAAAAGGCAUCCUGAGCAGUCUUCUGUUUUGCUGCACCUCAGUAAGAUCUGACGGUCCUCUAUAUUUUAUCAGCUAUUCCUGAAGUUUUAGUUAUUGUGAGAAUGCUGCCUCAGCUCAGCUGUUCCUGGCCAACUCGCUUUCUGUAGCUGUGAGGGUACCUAAUUUUUAAAUUACAGAAAAGGAUAGCGGUGAACCUGAAAACAAAGGUGAGUUUAUAAAAUCAGUUCACUAAUAACUGUGGGCAGGCUGUAUCCCUUUUGCUUUAGACUGCAUGAAACUUGCAUAUCACACAGCCUGCUUUCUUAAGCAGAGUUCUUGCCGAAAGUAGUUUUUCAUCAAAGUUAUUGAAGCACCUUGCUUUAGGAACUCUGCUUCCAAAGCAAAAAAGGCAGCCUGAUUUCUUUUUUGCAAUAUUUGCUGUACCUGCCUUACUUGGUAAAUGCAUAAAUACAAAAGUGAUGUAGGAAGCUUUUUUUUCCCUGUUGUAACCACAGUUUCUUUGGUCGGUUCCAUAAAUACUACGGCUGUACAGCCUGCAUGGAUUUUGCUAACGCGCAUUUGCCAUGCAAAGUGUAGGAUGCAAUAACAAAUGCAAGUUGUUACAAGUGCCAAACUUUUGGUUUCCUCUCCAUGUAACAAUAAUUUAACUGUUCUGUUAAUAUACAGAGAUGCUUAAAAGUCACUGUGUUCAAAAAAAGAGCAGUGAGUUUGGUUUUUUUUAAUGAAUGCUAUUUAAAACACUGUAAAUCUUUACUUUUUUUUAUGAUAGUUCUGCGGAUUUGUGCUACUCUUCACAGCUGCCUUGAGACAUCACUCCAAGUGAUGCACGUGGACACUGCUGUUUAUUAGAGCACUAGUGCCAUGCAAGUGUAUAGUAAAUGGCAGCUGACAGCAGGUUUUCAUAUUUAAAAUUAUAACUAUUUAGCUAAAAGUGCAAUUCAUGUUAUUUAAUCUUAUCUGCAGAAGGAAAGCUUGGUCCUGGGAAGUGUGACUACCCAGGGGCACAGGCAUGCUGAAGAUUGUAGCUAAGGUAUGUUUUGGUGCCACUCACAGCGAUGCUUUCCAGCAAGUUGUAUUUACUUUGGGGUAUGGAGCCCUUCUGACUCUGUUGUUAGCAUUGAGGUUUGGAGCUUUGCGUUCUCUAACCCUUUGGAGUACUUUAACAGGUUCUUCGGGUGGGUGGGAGGCCUGUUAGUUGUAUGCAAGUUUAUUUUUCAGUGAGAAGCUACUGUUUUCAUGUUAACCUGCAGUAUUUCCUUUUACUGUUAAAGAACCAAGUAGUAGCCUGCGUUUCAGUGAUCAGUGCUGUAGCCUUUUGACGUUUGCCGUCUUCUGCUGCUCUUCCUUGUUUGUUAUGGGAGGCGAGAGCUGCGUUGGGAGGGUGGGUGAUUCUGUGGCAGGCUACUUGUGAGAGAAAAGGAAGGAGAUCAAUUUGAUCACUUCAGAUUGAGAAGGUGAGCUGGUAAAAGCAGACGGAGAUAAUGCUAUAAAGCCAGUAAGAUUUAGGUGAAGCACUGCUCGUUUUCUGUAGAGGUCGCAUCUCUGUGCUCUAAAGUUCAUUGUCAGGUUGGGCACCUGCUCUCCAGCAGCCUGAUGGUUUUUGAGGGCUUUUUUUUCUGGGAAGUUCCUUUCUGUAGGAAGGAUCGCAAGGAGGCUUUAAGGUGACAUUUCUGAUCAGCCAUGCCGUGUCUGGCUCUGUUGUCUUACUGCUGUUUCGCUCCAAUAAUCACUUCUCUCAAUUUUUUUAUUAACAGGUAAGCUAAAAUAACAGACUAAAACUAUGCAAGUGCUUAACUUCAUAAAUACCUACUAAAAGGGAUUAAGAUGAAUAGGAGAAUUGAGUUAUAAACCGGUACCAGCAGGUGAUUGUGUUUCAAAUUUACUUGUGAUACAAAAUCUUAAAGUUAUUUUUAAAAACAGCUUAUUCCAGGUAGCUGCUUAUUAGUUAUAAAAGUAAUUAUAAC